CUUCGUUUAGCCAAAUAACUAACUACUCACGGAUGACCGACUGACUGCUCACUCAUGCGCACGCCUCUCCGCCUGUCUGCCAAUCAACCUCACCUUCCUGCAAGCCGAGAGACACAGAGAGAGAGGGAGAAAGAGAGAGUCGGCAUAGACCAUAGCACCACCAGUAGCGUACACGCACCAGCCAAGAGUCGUCCAUCCAUCCAUCCGUCCAUCCAUCCCUUGCGCGGCAACAAUACGUCACACCCCUCCAGACCACAAGGCAUUACAGCACCACAAAGGGACGGCACGGCAGGAACGACAGAGAGGGGGGGAAGAAAGGGAGAGGAGAGAGAGAGGGAGGGGUGGUGCCGAGAAAAGACCGCAUCGCGAACACCAUCAGCCAGGUGGUGGCAGACAUGUGGGUAUGUCUCUCUCGGUGUCAUGAGGGUGGUGUGUGUCUAUCUACUGGACCAGCGCAUUGCGCCGCCAGCCAUAAAACGCAGCAGCAACACCAAGCACCCAUACACUCCUUCGCCAUGACGCCUUUUCCCCCGUGUCUGUCUUUCUGUCUCUGAAGCUAUUGUACACGGCCAGGAGCACAAAUCUCCCCUUUGUCUUCUGUUUGUAUGUUUCUCAAUGAGGCGACUAAUGACUUGCGAAGGUGAGGUUCGAAGGGCCGAGCCAUUAUACACACAUACAGUCGCCCGCCAAAAAUCGCAACCAUGACACAUAAACACAUCGACCAUUAUACACACAUACAGUCGCCCGCCGUACGCCACGAAAAUCCGUACGUGUGCAUCUAGAUAUACAGACAGCCCGACAGACGGACGGACAGCCCGACAGACAGGCAUCGAUCCGUGCAUGCGUGGCUCGUACGCAUCACCCACCCCCGCUCUAUCGACCAUCAGAUAGACAGAGCAAAAGCAAAUGAGUGAGUGCCUGGACGCCUGGCUGUGUCUGUGCGUCCCCUCCGGACGCCUGGCUGUGUCUGUGCGUCCCCUCCCCCCUCUCUGUGUGUGCCUUCGUCGGACUCAACGAAUGGAAAAAGAGCAUACCCACACAAUCAAUCAAUCAAUCAGACAGACAGACAGACAGAGAGACAGAGAGACAGACAGAGAGUCAGACGGUCGGCCGACAACCGACCAAACAAUACUCAUACACAAGUAGAUGGGUGCAUGCGAGUGCAUGCUUUGGUAUGGGUAUGGGUAUGGGUACGGGCGUAUUUCCGUGUGUCAGGUGUGGUGGUGCGCGUGUGUGACGUACAGGACAAUCGCCAUGCACACGAAGCCCGCACCCAACGUCACGAUCGGCAGCCAGCCACCGAACCUACACAAAGCAACCAGUUAGGUACCUACAUCAAGGAACAUGUCUUCACCACGACUGACCUUCUGGUAGGACGCCCCUGGCCCUGUGCGGUGUUGUUCUGCUGUGCGCCCGCAGUUACAGCCGGCACAGAGGACCGGCCGAUCAACCACGUCAACGGCACCACUGCGCACAGACAGACAGACAGACGGAGAUAUACACAACAUGACCGCGGAUGGUUGUUGGAUGGCUGGAUGGCAGGUCUGUCUGUGCAGCUGGGUUGUGUAGCUCACUCACGGCAUGUUCUGAUGAGUGUGCCGAAGCAGGCAGCGGCGGCGCGGCCACACGCCUGUCCCCAUCGCCUGGCCAUGCGCAUCAUGCGUCUGCGUGCGUCGAAUCUGUGUCGGUGUGCGCCGCGGCGCCGGUUGGCCGCGUUGGAUGGGUGGUCGGCCGUCCACUCGUCCCCCUCGGUGAACUCGUCGUUCUGAAGCAACACACGGAUGUGCGACAGACGGCUGUUGGUGGUGCCCUCCUGGGAAGUUGUGGCAGUGGCGUUGAGCGGGUGGCCAUCGUCCUCGUCCAUCUGAAUGGACACAUAUGCGAUGAUCUGUGAUCUGUGGUGUGGGUCCAUCUCUCUCUCUCUCUCCGUGAGAAGUGUAUGUGCGUGCGUACGUUGUGGAGUUGCGAGUCAUGGGUGUCGAUUUGCUUGGGCGUGGGGGACAUUUCGGGCACCACCGACGAGAAACAUAUGCCGUACCGACCAACCUGACGCAACCCACGUACAUCUAUGCAUUCAUUGAUCACACAUGCUCCCUGCCUGCCUGCCUGACCUGGUUCCGAUUGCGCUUGGUGGGCUCCAUGUCGCUCAGGAACUUCCACCUGACACGAAUGGCGAGAUGAAUGAUGGGUGGAAUGGACUUGCUUCACCGGUGCGCUUACUCACCCGAGUCUGGAGUCACACUUGGCGCAGUGGACGUCCACCACAGACAUGCGGCCCUGCGCCAAACGCUGCUCACUGAAUCAACAUCCACAUACCACAUCACACAUACAUACAUAGAUAGAUACAUGGAACUGGGUCGUCGAUGAUGGUGGGCUGGCUGGUUGCCCCCUCACUGUGACGGACCGUUCAUUCUUGAACACGACGGCGUGGUCGAUCAUCUUGUUGACCAUGUAGGCCCACUCCAGCCCGCUGCCGGCGUUCCAGCAGUGACGGCGCGACACUAUCUGAUCCUGCACAAGCACAAGCACAAGCACAAACACAAACACAAUUCCACGUGCGUGCACGGCGCCAGCCGACCAUCGGUCUCUCUGCUGUCCUGCCUCCCCCCUACCUUGGCGAACAGAGCGUUGUUGCAGGGCGUGAUCGACGAUGUGCGGUGCUGCUGCUGGUGUUGAAGCUGCGGUCUGACGCCCAGGAGUCCGUCUUUGCCUCUGCGUCUGACGCCGGAGCAGAGCAUUGCCUUGAGAGCCGCACGCGGGACCCCACCGGUGUCGUCGACCACUGGCGUGUCGUCGAUCUUAAGCAGACGCAGGAAACGGUCCACCAGAAACACUCCGCCGCAAAACACGGCGGGCGGCGAGAAAACACCACCGCUGGCAACAACGACAUUCACACAGACAGACUCAUGGAUGUGUGCAUCAUGGGCUUUCUGGCGUCUGUCUGUCUGUUUGUCUGACUGACCUUUUUCGUUCUUCAUUGAUGCCUGUGUCGGUCAGGUGCCGGCCCUGCUCGAUGUCCUUGCAGUGCCCCCCAUCAGCACCAGGAGCAGCACCGGAGCCGGCACUGUUGCUGUCGUGAGUCCGCUCCAGCUCGGCGGGUUGUGUGGCGGCUGUGUUGUUGUCAUUGGGGACGACCACCUUGAUGACGUGCUCGCCCAGGUAGUGGCCGCAUGUGGUGCAGUAGAGGGAACGGCACUCCAGACGAUUCACGUCAACCUGCUCAUCGUGAUACACAAUCCUGCAAAUACCGACAGGGACAGUGGGGUGGUUUGGACUCCCUCCCUCCCUCUCCCUCCCUGCCUUACCGGAGCACCUGUGGGCGGGUGCGGUCGAGGAGGUUGAGCGUGAAGGGCUCGUCCUCUCGGAGGUUCUCCACGGUGCCAUCACCCUUCUUGUCGACCACAAUCACGCUACUGUUGCUGCAAGUGCUGCUCAUGACGUCCUGCUCGCCGUUGCUGGUGCUUGUGCUUGUGGUGGUGCUUGUGGUGGUGCUUGUGGUUGCGCUGAGGUCGACGUCGAAUAGUGGGGAGUCAGUCGAGCUGGCCUGUGUGCUGAUGGACGAUAUCAGCCGCAGACGGUUGGUCAGCUUCUGCUUGGGCGACGCCAGUCCGGCCGGACGGGGCAGCACCAAAUGCGCCUCCCCGACGUCAUGCAGCAAAAUGUGGCUCGACCUGCACAGGUGCAUCAACCCAUCCAUGCCUGCAUCCCUCCAUCCAUCCAUCCACCCGUACUUGUCUUUCUGUGCGUAGUGGCAGAUGGGCGCCGAGCAGCUCUUGCAGCACAGGACGCGCCAGAAGAAGGACCGACAGUUGUCAUAGGCGGACACCUGGCAGGCGCACACACAACGCGUCCCAACCAUGCAGACCACUCAUAACCACAUGAGACGGGGCAUGUGUGUGCGCAUGUCCACCUGUGUUCCUGUGUGCCGUGGGUAUGUGUGUGCGUGCGGGAUGGGUGGUCAGGUCACCUGUGUGAGCGAGAACUUGUAUGCGUCAGCGAGGGGCAGCGACGACCCGAGGAGGAAGCAGAGGUCGUCGGGCAGAUUCAUGGCGGCGAUGUAGGUGAGUCACGGGGCGAUGAAUCAAGCAAUCAACUGCCUCAUUGCUUUCAAAAACGGGAAUGAGAUCUCCAG